AUGUCAGCGCAGCCCUGUCGUGUCCAGAGUAAGAUGGCGACUAUCGAAGUAGAUAGUGAUCGACAAACUCCACCUACAUUCGGUCAUGUUAUUUACGAUUCACAUCAAGAUAAACGUUAUAGAAAUAUAAUAAACCCAUCAGAAACUGAACUCUUAAAUGGACCACUAAAAUACCAAAAUAAUCAAAGUGUAGCAGAAAAAACAAUGUUUUUCAAUAGCAAGUCAACAUCGACAAACGACAAUAAUAUGAAAAGUGUACGAGAUAAUGAAGAAUUAAGCAACACCGUUGACAAACUCUUGGAAAAAUAUGCACCAGAUCCAAUUCAGUCCUCUAAUACGAAUCAAUUGUCAUUCAGAGCUCAACAACAGCAAAAGAAGGAUACAACAGUCGCGAAUGACUACCAGAUCAUUCGAAAUAACCCUACUACAAGUCCAACAACGGCAGACAUAAAAAAACCAGUUCAAACACGUUCACAACCAUCUGUUCAGAAUACACCCGCACCACCAAAACAAUCUGUCUAUAAUAAUUUAAAUCACCACGGCCAUCAACCGAAGACUACUACUUUCGCGAAUAAGAAUGCCAACAUUAGUAAUGGAGCUGCUCCGUCAACUAUUCCAUUCACACAAGGAAAACUAUAUAACACAGACGGCGAUCCGUUAUUAGCACUUUAUGAUAAACAAACGAAAACAAAUAACAAAGGUUUUCAAAGUCGUCAUAAACAACAACAGCCAUCAACUGUUUCAAGUCAAACUGUUCAAUAUCCUCAAGGAUCUAAUACAUAUGAUCAGUUGUUUCAUACCUAUACAAAUACAUCAUAUCCAACGACUCAAAAACCACAACCAUCCAGUUCUAAUCUUCCUAGUAGUUUUCAGCCGCAUUCUCAAUUUUCAAAUCUAACGAAUGAUAGACUAAUUCAAGAAUUCUAUUCCAACAGUCCACAAGCAGCAUCAACGCCGGUCCAAGAAUUUGAUUUAGGAAAUUUAAUAAAACAGGUUCAACAAGAUUAUCUGAAAGAGAUUGAACCAUUCGUGUCAAGUGUAAAAUUUAUCGAAAGAAAUCCUGAAUUAAGACCAGAAUUAUCAAGACUUGAAUUUUCAACGCCAGUAUCUGUUCGAAAAGGAUAUAUAAAACGAGCUGAUGAUUUAUUACCACGAAGUUCUGGUCAUCCCGAUAAACAUCGAUCAUCAUCUGAUUAUCAUGCAAGACGGCAUAAACAUGAUAAAUAUGAUCGAUACGAUGAUUCAGAUGAAAGACCACAUAGAUCCAAACGAUUGAAUAAACAAUCCGUAACAUCCACGACGUAUACUUCGACUGCAGAGAGUUCGAACGAACAUCCCAGUGGCGGAAGACGGUCACAAGAUAGACCAGCACCUAUGCAAGAAUCAAAACUCGGUUUGAAUCAAAACUCGAUUCAAACACCGCAAACAACAAAGAUAUCUAAUUCUAACGUCGAAAUGUCGGGUUCUGAAGAUGAAUAUAACAGUGAAGAAGGGCAAAAACCAUUAUCCGCUACACUCUCGAACAUAUCUGAAACAUCAAGAAGUUCACAUGAUUCAACUAUCAAUGAACCUCGUGAUUCGAAUUCGCCAGUACCUCGUAAUCUUGUUAACAUUGUAUCUAAAACACUACCCUUAAAACAAGAUCAAAAUCAAACAAAUCCGGCACAAAAAAAAACAACUAUUCCGAUAAAUUCGGUUCAAAUAGAGCAAAAACAAAAUAGUGCUGACCGCUCAUCUUCUUCAUAUUCUGAUGAGGAAGAAGAUGAGAGCUCAGAAGCAGAAGACUCACAUUCAAAACACGUUACACAAUCAACACCCUCCACAACGACAACGCCUGGAGCCGGACGUCUUCCUGAUAACAAACAGCCGUCAUCACAGUCUCCGAACCAGGGUGGUAUGACAACUGCUACCACAAAUGCGCCUCAACCCACUACUCAAUCCAUCCCAGGCACAGCUGCUGCAACUCCAACAACCGCUGCAGGAGGUCGUAAUCCGAAUGGACCAACAACAGGUACAGCUGCAACAACUGCUACAACUCCAGCACCCGCGGCAGGAGGUCGUAAUCCGAAUGGACCAACAACAGGUGCAGCUGCAACAACUGCUACACCUCCAGCAACCGCGGCAGGAGGUCGUAACCCGAAUGGACCAACAACAGGUGCAGCUCCAACAGCUGCUGCAGGAGGUCGUAAUCCGAAUGGACCAGCAACAGGUGCAGCUCCAACAACAGGUGCAGCUUCAACAAGUGCAGCUCCAGGCAUGUAUUCUCAGAUUAUUCAUUUCUAA